UGGAUCUGGUAAUGUUAGCAGCCAUUGUCAAGUUUCAAAACAAAUAUGCGUUUCUUGCGCGCAGUUAUGUGUUUCAUUAAGCCAAAAUUUUAUUUCUCCUUCUUUAGAGGUGAAAAUAUUCUAAGUGUGGCCAGCGGAGUUACGCGAAAUAUGCACAUGGAUGAGUCACAAUUGAAACUGUACUAUGAAACUGCACUUGAUUUGACAAGAGGUGGCGGGAAAGUAUGGAUUCGUUGAUAAGCGUCUGGGGUGGUUGAAUUAACUGAUGAUUCAAGAACAUCAUAAAAGGAGCAAAAAUAUUUUAACUAAAACAUCUAGUGUUGAUUUAGUCACUGAAACUGAUCAAAGAGUUGAGAAACAUCUUGUAUCGUCACUAUUGGAAAAAUUUCCAGAGCAUAAGUACAUUGGCGAAGAAUCAGUUGCCGAUGGACAGUUAAUUGAGCUGACCGAUAACCCUACCUGGAUCAUAGAUCCAAUUGAUGGGACAAUGAAUUUUAUUCAUGGAUAUCCCAACUUCUGUAUAUCGAUAGGUUUAUGGAUAAAAAAGAAGCCUUAUAUUGGAAUUGUAUAUAAUCCUAUCUUAGAAUUAAUGUUUACGGCCCAGAUUGGAAAAGGGGCAUUCUUAAAUGGAAAUUGUAUUUCAACAUCUUCUGUCACAGAGCUCGAUAAGGCCCUGAUGUUGACGGAGUUCGGUAACACCAGGACCCCCGAAAGUAUGUCAAUGGUUAUGGAAAAUUUACGAAGAUUGCUACCGCUUACUCACGGGGUUCGGGUGUGUGGUGCAUCUGCUUUAAACAUCGCCAUGGUGGCCAUGGGUGGAGCAGAUGUAUUUUACCAAGCUGGUCUCUACAUUUGGGACUUAGCAGCAGGAGUUCUUCUCGUUCAGGAAGCUGGAGGUUUUGUAUCUGAUCCCGCUGUUGAAAAAAUGGAUGAAGAAGCACAGCAACGUUUUGAGGCCGAAUUAUGUUGGUGUAUACAAAAGUUAGAAAGCUCCCUAAACUCUGGAAAAUUAAAGAAAAAACAGGUUGAAGAUGCUACUAAAACUCUCAAAACUUUACAAAGUUCAAAAGCACCUCUUGUUAAAAAGCGACAAGUAAUGAGCGUGCAGUUUGGAAAUUAUCGGUCCAAAAUGGAAGAAGAGGACAAGAAAAUUAAAAAAGCUUUAAAAGAUGUGAAAUUGAAGGAAAUUGCACCCAGCAAGAAGUCAUCUUUUUUGAGAAAAAGUUCUAAAAUAAGUGGUGAAGCCCCGAAUAUAGAUGAAUGUAAUGAAAUGAAAAACUCUGAUUUUAAAUUUACUCCAUCAGAUAAUAAUUUCAAAUUCCAAUUUGAUGAAACUUAAUAUUUUUUAUUGUUGAAAUGAAGCUGCACAUGAAUGUAUUUGUAAUUAUUGUUGUAUAUAUAAUGCACAAUGUAAAAUAAAAACAUUUUAUAUUAAAUUAUAUACUACAAUUCAAUGAAUUGUUCAUUACAAUAAACUAAUGUACCCAAACAUUUCACAUUUUGUUAAUUAUUGUUUUUUGUGAGAAAAUAACUGUUGUGGAACCCAACUUUGAAAGGCAUGACCUUCAAUUAUGUGUUUCAUCUCAAAGGCCCAGUUUUGUGUGGGAUUAAACAUUGUAAUAAUGCUAUACAUUUGUUAACAAACUGAGAGACUUCAAAAUCUGUGAUGAAUUUGUAUAGAUUAUCAAAAACUCAAUUUGAUUUUACAUGGAACUCAAGAUCCAGAACAUUUCUGACCAUCUGUGCCAUAGAGUUGCUACGAGCAGUGGAGAUAAUCCCUUCCCCCUAUUAGUAGGCAUUUAAAAAACAAACUGAUUUUAUUUUGAAUUAUCUAUGAAUAUUCUAAAGUUUAUCAAUUAUAAUAAAUGAUAAUAAUGCAUUGUGGUG